AUGCACCCUGUGUCGCCGGCCGCCGCGCAGUACCGCCGCGGGAGCCCGGAGGACGCGCGCCGCCCCGAGGCCCGCCGGGCGCGGGCGCCCCGAGGCCCGGACCCCAACGGCCUGGCGCCCUCUGGAGCCGGCGGCGCCGCGCUGGGCCCGCCCGGAGCCGCCCCGGGGGAGCCGGGCGAAGUGGACAAGUUUAAGGCGAAGUUCCUGACCGCUUGGAACAACGUCAAGUACGGUUGGACAGUCAAAAGCCGGACCAGCUUCAGCAAGAUCUCCAGCGUCCACCUCUGUGGCCGCCGCUACUGCUUUGAGAGCGAGGGCGACAUCCAGCGUUUCCAACGGGACUUCGGGUCCCGCCUGUGGCUCACCUACCGCCGGGACUUCCCGCCCAUCGCCGGGGGCUGCCUGACUUCGGACUGUGGCUGGGGUUGCAUGCUGCGAAGUGGGCAGAUGAUGCUGGCGCAGGGCCUGCUGCUGCAUUUCCUGCCCAGAGACUGGACAUGGACAGAGGGUGCAGGCCUGAGCCCCCCUGAGCCCUCAGGGUUGGCCUCUCCCAACCGGCACCAUGGGCUUGCCCACUGGAAGCCCCCACGCUGGGCCCAGGGCGCCCCUGAGCUGGAGCAGGAACGCCGGCAUCGGCAGAUUGUGUCCUGGUUCGCCGACAACCCCCAGGCCCCCUUUGGCCUGCACCAGCUGGUGGAGCUCGGACAGAGCUGGGGCAAGAAGGCAGGUGACUGGUACGGGCCAUCUCUUGUGGCACAUAUACUCAGGAAAGCUGUGGAGAGCUGCUCAGAGGUCACCCGCCUGGUGGUGUACGUGUCUCAGGAUUGCACGGUGUACAAAGCAGAUGUGGCCCGCCUGGUGGCUAGGCCGGACUGCACAGCUGAGUGGAAGUCUGUGGUCAUUCUGGUGCCUGUGCGGCUGGGUGGCGAGACUCUCAAUCCUGUGUAUGUGCCCUGCGUGAAGGAACUCCUGCGUUCAGAGCUGUGCCUGGGCAUUAUGGGGGGCAAGCCGCGGCACUCGCUGUAUUUCAUCGGCUACCAGGAUGACUCCCUGCUCUACCUGGACCCCCACUACUGCCAGCCCACUGUGGAUGUCAGCCAGGCUGACUUCCCCCUGGAGUCCUUCCAUUGCACCUCACCCCGCAAGAUGGCUUUCUCCAAGAUGGACCCCAGCUGUACUGUGGGGUUCUAUGCUGGCAACAGGAAGGAGUUUGAGACACUGUGCUCAGAGCUGACCAGGGUCCUCAGCUCCUCCUCAGCCACACAGCGGUACCCCAUGUUCACCCUGGCCGAGGGCCAUGCUCAGGACCACAGCUUAGACAACCCCUGCUCCCAGCCAACACUGCAGCACCCUCGCCCUGGGCGGCUCCUCAAGGCCAAGCGCCCCAGCUCUGAGGACUUCGUGUUUUUAUAA